UGCAACAAGCAAUGUAGAGCGGUCUAGUGAUCCAAGAAAUUUUUACUGAACACUCAUAUUUGCUUGUGAAGUGCGACAAGAUGCAGAUCGUCUUUUUUGUGUGUUUGUGCUUUUUGGGAUCGACUUUGUCGCAAGACCCCUCCGGAACACCACCACAAAUAACAGACCGAAUCCUCCACGGCAGCGACUCAGACAUAAGAAACCAUCCCUACCAAGUGGCCUUGGUAACGACCAACGGUCACCACAAAAAGAUCUUAUGCGGAGGAGCUUUGGUGGAUCCCAAAAUCGUCUUCACAGCCGCCCAUUGCACCCACGUGGACGAAGAGACCAUCAGACCAAACUUGACGGUUCUGGUAGGCGCAAACUCGCUCUUUGACCCUGAGGGCACCUCCCAUGAGAUCCACAAGGUGAUCAAACACCCCAAGUUUCAGUUUAACAUGUUUGACAAUGAUUUUUCGGCUGUUGUUUUGAGAAAACCUGUUGUUUACAAUGAUAGGGUUCAGCCAAUAGCUGUUUCGGAGGAGGAGCACUCUGGUGGUGUUAAGGGUGUGGUAUCUGGAUGGGGGCUCACUGAAAGAGGCAGGCCUUCUGUCAACUUGAAAUCUGUGAAGUUGGUGCUUGAAGAUUGGGAUAAGUGUCAGGAUCACUUUCCUAGGCCGGUGCAUCCUAAGAUCACGAAGAAUCAUAUUUGUGUGAAGCCUAGUCACAAAACUACAACUUACGGAGAUUCAGGAAGUCCAUUGGUAAUAGAUGGAAAGCUAGUUGGCGUGGUGUCCUUCGGAAGAAUGGUAGACAAAAAAAGAAAAGCAACAGUUUUCACCAGAGUGAAAAGUUACCUAGACUUCGCGAAGAAUGCAGUCGACGAGUUUUUUUAGCGUUUCUUAUUAAA